AUGGCCUACCCAUUCCAACUUGGUCUACAAGACGCCACAUCCCCUAUUAUAGAAGAGCUAAUAAAUUUCCAUGAUCACACACUAAUAAUUGUUUUCCUAAUUAGCUCCUUAGUCCUCUAUAUCAUCUCGCUAAUAUUAACAACAAAACUAACACAUACAAGCACAAUAGAUGCACAAGAAGUUGAAACCAUUUGAACUAUUCUACCAGCUGUAAUCCUUAUCAUAAUUGCUCUCCCCUCUCUACGCAUUCUAUAUAUAAUAGACGAAAUCAACAACCCCGUAUUAACCGUUAAAACCAUAGGGCACCAAUGAUACUGAAGCUACGAAUAUACUGACUAUGAAGACCUAUGCUUUGAUUCAUAUAUAAUCCCAACAAACGACCUAAAACCUGGUGAACUACGACUGCUAGAAGUUGAUAACCGAGUCGUUCUGCCAAUAGAACUUCCAAUCCGUAUAUUAAUUUCAUCUGAAGACGUCCUCCACUCAUGAGCAGUCCCCUCCCUAGGACUUAAAACUGAUGCCAUCCCAGGCCGACUAAAUCAAGCAACAGUAACAUCAAACCGACCAGGGUUAUUCUAUGGCCAAUGCUCUGAAAUUUGUGGAUCUAACCAUAGCUUUAUGCCCAUUGUCCUAGAAAUGGUUCCACUAAAAUAUUUCGAAAACUGAUCUGCUUCAAUAAUUUAA